UGCUGACAAACCUACAACUCAAAAAAAUCCCCAAAACAAUGACUGUAGAUCAUUAUCCCUCUCAAUUUCUUCCAUUUUCUUUCUCAUCCAUCUUUUGCUCUCUGGGUUCAUUCCCUUUAGCCUGUAAAACCUUCAAAAAUUAAGUCUUUUCUUUCUUGAACUCCACAGCUCUCAACAUAUCAUUGAAAUCCAAUUUUCCUUGUGCUGUUGAAGAGGCACUGUUGAGCACUACCACCGGACCUUUAGAAUCACCGGAAUAGCUGCUUUAUAAUCAUAUCUGGCGGACCGGCUGACUAUGCUUUGAGUGAAGCAUCAGCAUGAUUGAAAGUCAUCCAGAAAAUCAGCCUUCAAAGAAAUCUGAAUAAAAAAAACCAGAAAACAAAAACAGAUGAGCCCUGAUGCUAAAAGAGUCCAAUCUUACCUAUUUAACCAGUGGCUGGUUGUGACCUUACCUAUUUAUCUAUUAAACCAGUGGCUGGUUGUGACCUAUUAUAAGAAAAGUGAUUUGAAUACUUUAAACAUGUGUUAAGCACGAGUGAACAUCAGACAUUUAGAUAUAUAAAUUUUCUGUUAGAGAAGAUUAAGGAUUUUUGGAAUCUCUUGAAUUUCCUUUGAUAACCUUUCGGAGACGGUGAUGGUGGAGGUGUCGUCUCUUACGGUCUUAGCACAUAAAAAAUAUGACAACCUUCAAGAUCAUGAGUUAGGAAAAUCGUGCACGGUUGUUGUUAUUCGGUUAUCCUUGUUUCAGUCAGAGGGAAUCAAGCGCAUGAAGGAGAUGAUACAGGGUUUGGCUUGACUGUAGGAAAGAAGUCUAAGAAGAGCUGAGUAUGGAGGUCAUUGGUGAUCUACCAAGAGAGUUGUUCCUUGAAAUCCUCUUACGAUUGCCGGUAGAAUCUCUGAUUCGAUGCAAGUGUGUUUGCAAAUACUGGUACACUCUCAUUAGCAAUCCUAAGUUCAUCGAAUUGCACCUUAAGUACAACUGCAACAACAAUGUUUGUGUCCUUCUCAAGCGGUGCCUUCUAACGUGCUUAGGAGAGAAAGAAAAUAUGUUGUCGUUGGUCUGCAGCAACGGUUUUUCUUUCGUAAAUCUAGAUGUUGAUUUGUCUUUAUAUAAGAAGGAACCAUGCUUACAGCUUUUAGGUCAUUGUGAUGGCAUUAUUUGCCUAUCAAAUUACAGAGAUGAUAUAGUUCUAUGUAAUCCUGCAACUAGGGAGUCCAUGGUACUCCCAGAAUCCUCUUUCCCUUGUUAUUCGCCGAGCUCGAAUUUGAUCCCACAAACCAGUGCCUUAGGAUUUGGUUAUGAUGCUAAAACCCAUCACUGCAAAGUUGUUAGGAUUGUUUCGUACUGGGACAGAAGUGGUAGUGACUUACCCCAACAUUCCAGGGUUGAAGUAUAUUCUUUGGCAACUGGUUCUUGGAAAGAAAUCGAUGUUAAAGUCCUCGCCCAUGUGUGGUAUUCUCCGUGUUUCGAGACAUACUUUAAUGGAGCUUUUCAUUGGUAUGCUAUUGACAAUAACCGAAACGAGGUCAUCCUUUCAUUCCACAUGGGAAAUGAAGCGUUUCAAGUAAUACCGAUGCCAAGUGCCCUCUCCUUGUAUGAUUAUUCAAUAUGCAGGAGUCUUUUUGUGUGGAACGGACGCAUUGCUCUAGUAGGUUAUCCGAGAGAGGGGACCAAAAAAUCGUUUGAGAUAUAUGUGAUGACGGAAUAUGGAGUGAGGGGAUCUUGGAGGGGAUCUUGGACAAAGAUAAUGACAAUUGGACCUCUCAUGAAAGUGGAAAUGCCAUUGGCUUUUUGGAAAAAUGAUGAGAUACUUAUGGAAGGCUCUGACGGAUUGGUUGUUUCUUACAACCUUAAGACACAAGAACUCAAGGAUCUUCCGAUUUAUGGGAUCCCUAAGUCGUUUGCGACACUUGUGUAUGUGAACAGCCUUGUUUCAGUCAAGGGAGGGAAUCAAAUGCUUGAUGAAGGAAAUAAUACAGAUUUUGGUUGGUGAAGGAUCUGCCUCUGAACCUGCAUAAACUUCAUCAAGUUUAAUAGAUGAUGAUCAGGGGACAAUGGAGACCAAUGAAUAAGAAAGUAAAA